AUGGAUGAGAAUCUCGACGAAAACGCCAUCCGCGAGAUCGAGGAUGAGCUCAAUACAAAGAUUUACCCCGGCACUGAAAUUAUGCGAGACGUCGGAAAUCACCACUUCGUCAAGGCCGGCGAUAGAGUUGGCGAAGCCCAAGUGCUGGUCCCUCAGCCUUCGAACGACCCUCACGAUCCGCUGAACUGGAAUAAGAAAUGGAAGACCAUCACUAUCAUCUGUGGAAGCCUUCUGUCGUUCAGUUUGAAUCUGGGACCGCUAGCUAAUGCUCCUUUAUUUGAGGCCUAUAUCCACGAAUGGGGCUGCAGUCUUGCCGAAGCAAUCCAAUUCACUGGUAUCGCCAUUCUGGUUCUCGGUUUCAGCAAUUUCAUCUGGGUUCCAAUGUCGACCUGCUUCGGCCGCAGGCCCGUGAUGAUUUUGAGUUCUCUCAUCUGCGCGAUAUCUUCCAUCUGGAGGGCUAGGGCAACAAGUUAUGGCUCCUUCAUGGGAGCGUCAGUUUUGAACGGAAUCGGAGCUGGACCUUGCGAGACCGUCAUGCCUCAGAUCAUCGCCGACAUGAUCUUCCUGCAUGACCGGGGAAAAUACCAGACCCUUUAUUUCACUACAUACUUCAGCUCUCUGAUGAUUGGUCCAAUCAUUGCCGGAGCCAUGGCAGAUCAUCACGGCUGGAGGAGCUUCUGGUGGUGGAAUACCGCUCUCCUAUUUUUCACCUGUGCUGUCAAUGCCUUCUUUUUUCCCGAAACUAGAUAUCACCGGGAGAUGCCCGCAGCUCUUCCAAACCAAACAGCUGGCACGGAGAUCGAAAAGCAGAAGAGCAAUGAGGGGACUGCAAGCAUCAAGGAAGAAGGGGAGGCCGAAAGGGCUGCACCCGCCACCAUCAAUCCAACUGGGGAGCAUACGUGGCUCUCUCGCGGAAAGCCAUCAAAGAAGCAGUUUGUCCCUUGGGGAAAGUAUCAAGGGAAUUUGAUACGCGAGCUCUGGCUCCCUUGGUACCUUCACUUCUACCCGAUCGUCGAAUUCGCGUCAUUCGCGGUCUCUUUCACUGCAUGUGGAUUCCUUCUCGCCAACUUGACGCAGCAGCAAGCUCUCUCGCCGCCGCCAUACAACUUCUCCCCUCAGUCAGUCGGGUUCACAAACUUUGCCAUUCUCGCGGGUGGUUUGAUUGGACUGUUCACUUCGGGACCGUUGUCGGACUGGGUCUCGGACUACUUGACGAAACGAAACAACGGCGUUCGCGAACCGGAGAUGAGGCUUGUCACAAUGAUUCCAUAUGUCUUCAUCAUGAUUCUAGGUUCUGUGGUCGUCGCGGUUGGAUAUGAUUAUCACUGGCCCUGGGAAGCAAUCGUGGUGAUCGGAUACACUUGCUUGGGGAUCCAGGUCACAAGUCUUCCAAGUAUUGCUUCGACAUACGCCAUCGACAGCUACAAACCGAUCACAGGAUCCAUGUUUGUCACGAUCACCAUUAAUAAGAACGUCUGGGGUUAUGGCUUCAGCAAGUACAUCACUCCUUGGGCAGAAAAGGACGGCUUUAUUCCUCCGAUGCUUACCACGAUGGCACUCAUUGUGUUUUUCUGCAGUUUUGGAAUUUUGUUUUGGUAUUUUGGAAAGUACUUUCGAGGCUUGACGAAGGACUCGUUUGUGCAUAGGUUGUAA